CCGCUGGAUGGAGAUGCGCUCGCACUCGGAGCGGGAGGGCUGCUGCUUCCCUGGAGCUCAACUGGUGGGCAACCUGACCUCAUCAUGCCGAUGAACCGCGGGACACCUCCGGGAAACCGCACCUUGGCGCCGCACCCUUCAUACACAUUCUGAACAUGCAAAAUGUUUUCUCCUGAGCAGGUUGCAAUUGCGUCUUGAACCCGAGGGUGACUGCCGAGGUUGUCAGGACAAUGGAUGACGUGCUGGAGCUGAGGACAGAUGGGAACUCCUUGCUGAAGGCGGUGUGGCUGCGCCGUCUGCGUCUGACCCGACUGCUUCUGGAAGGAGGUGCCUACAUCAAUGAGAGCAACGAGCGUGGGGAGACGCCGCUCAUGAUUGCCUGCAUGUCCAAACAUGUAGAUCAACAGAGUGUCAGCAAAGCCAAGCUAGUGAAGUACCUGCUAGAGAACAAGGCAGAUCCCAACAUCCAGGACAAAAUGGGCCGAACGGCCCUGAUGCACGCCUGCAUCCAGAAGGCAGGCCACGAAGUCGUGUCUCUUCUGCUAAACAAUGGCGCUGACCCCAGCUUGGAAGACCGCAGUGGAUCCUCUGCACUUGUGUAUGCCAUAAAUGCAGAUGACAAGGAAACCUUGAAGCUGCUCUUGGAUGCUUGCAAAGCCAAAGGCAAGGAAGUAAUUAUCAUAACCACUGACAAAUCGCCAUCUGGCACCAAAACUACUAAACAGUACCUGAAUGUUCCCCCCUCCCCAGAGCUGAAUGACAGAUACUCCCCCACACCAUGUACCUCUCCUUCUGACAUCAGCCUCAAAACACCAUUAUCCCCAAGCAAUGAAAAGCAAGCAGAUACACUCUUCAGUUUCCAGGCUAAACGAUCAACAGGCAACAGCUGUGCAACCACUACACCAGCUAAGUCCCCCAAUGAUCCGCCGUCUCCUACUAGGAAGCCAGUAAACCCUAAACGUGCACGGCUUCCUCAGCUUAAAAGGCUUCAGUCAGAGCCCUGGGGGCUGAUUGCUCCUUCUGUCCUGGCUGCUGCAGCAUAUGAGGAGAACAAAAGGGCAAAUUCUGAAGAUGAUGUUGUCACAAGCAUCAACGGUCUGACUUUGUCCAAGAGAGCACCUUUAUCACGGCACAGCAGUGUGGAAGGCAAAGAUGGGCCAUUCCCACUUGUGGGAGAUCAGUCCUCCAAAAUAUCACCGACAUCCCGUAAAAUGUCCCAUGAGAAACCCCUUUCACAGCACCAACCCCUUGCCAGGCGAAGUACAGUGCCUACUGAGCAAGACAGCAGCAAUGUCUCUACUUGUGGGACAGUCAGUCUGAGGGACACUGUGCACAGGAGAUUACUGGGAAACGACCAUUAUGACUCAGAUUCCCAGCUUUACUCGGACUCGGGCAUGCUGGACUCCCCCAAGGUACCCUUGGAGAGGAGGAAACACAACACAUCCCCUCUGACCAUGCUGACCAGCUCACGGGAGUCACUGGACAGCAGCGCAAGCACCUCCCCCACCACAGUCCGCCGUAGAGCCCCAGGGCUCCUGGAGAGACGGGGCUCUGGAACUUUGUUACUUGACCAUAUCUCCCAUACCAGGCCAGGUUUCCUACCACCCCUCAAUGUCAACCCCAACCCUCCAAUCCCCGACAUUGGGACGAGCAGCAAGCCCUCCUCUCCUCUUACUGCAUGCAUAAGAUCUAUAGCCCCUGUAGCACCCAGCUCACCAAAGAGAUGCAACCCCAGGUCCAAGAAGAAACUAGUGAGGAGGCACUCUAUGCAAAUUGAGCAAAUGAAACAGCUGUCUGAUUUUGAAGAGCUGGCUAAUCAGUAAAGAGAAUCACUCACAUCAUGGAAAGAUGUGUAUCUCACAGCGAAUUCAAUCCUCAUAGGAAAAUGUUACUGGAUUCUGUUCUCAAACUCCUUUACAUACUAAGUUUGCCUGAACAACAACAUAAAUGGGUUGAACAAGGCAACACUUAAUCGGAGCAGAGAUCCAGCAGAAACAGGUCAGCUGGUAAUUAAAUGGACAUGUCCAGAGGAUGUUUAAUUUCACAAGGUCAGCAUUCCGCUAUGAGCCUUAUUUCCUGCAUAAGAGCAUGUUCUGUUCCAGUGUCGACUUUUGGCAGAGAGAAUAAUGAGCGCAAAGUCCCACGAAGCCUCAAAUUAGCAACACGCAAUUUUUUUUUAGCCCGAUUCCAAGAAAGACCCAAGCAGAAGUUGCAAGCCACAUGUUGGAGAAAUAUUUUCAUGCCUAGUCACA